ACUAUACCGAGCGUUUUGACCUUCGUAGCUAGUUGCUUGUUUCCUGUCGUGUAAAACUUCCUUAACUGAUAGAAAGUAAAGAAAACUAUAAUGGCGAAUUUUGGAGCUUGUUUUUGCUAUUCAUGUGGAUUGAAGGUGACGUUUUUACUCGUCAUAUCUGCUGUGUGCAAUGGUGAGUAGGAUAUCAAUGAUUCUAUUUUCUGUAAAGUUGACUUGUUUAUGAUAAACCAGUUCAUGCAUCCAUGUUAAUUCUUCCCACACAAGAAGGGAGGUAAGUUUCUAAAGAAACUGUGGUGCUGUGACGGUAGAGGAUAUUACAAGAUAAUUUGGUUUUAGCAACUGAGUUGAUCAUUUAAAUUGGCCACCUUUAAGAGUUUGUAAAGCUGACGUUUCGAGCAUUAGCCCUUCGUCGAAGCGAAUAUUCGAACGAAGGACUAACAUACAAAAUGUCAGCUUUAGAGACUAUUUACUUUAUCAACUCAGUAAGUAAAAACCAAAUUAAACUUUAAAAUAGCUUGUUAAAAGAUUCUCCGCAGCUCAGUCGGUACAGCAUAAGAAACGCGAAUUCAGACCUGCCUUGAGUUCGAAUCGUCACAGACGACUUACAUCUCUCUUUGUCUACAAUUAUUGACAAAUCUCAGUAACAUCUUCAUCAGUUGUUAGUAUUUGUAUAUAGUUUAAACAUUAAAAACAAAAUUUUGAGACAUGAAAUCGGCUAAAUAACCGCACAGAGGAAAAAUUUACAGAAAGUAGUAAAGACUGUAUUAACAUGAAAGCUUCGAAAGUUUACUGAUGAAUUCUUGUUCGCGCGUGUCAAAUAUUUAAACUGUUGAUCGAGUGUGAUUCGCGUUUUAUCCGCGCUCCGGAACUUUAUUCAAACUUCUUUAAAGUUCGUCUCGUUUAUAGAUGUAAUUCUGGUUUUAAUAAAUACUUAUAGAUUAAUUUAAGUUCUCAGUAAGUCUUAAACUAAAGAAGUAGAAUCUCACACACACACACUAUAAAACAGAAAAACAAGGAUUACUCUUUAAGUGCUUUACACAACAUUCCACGAAGAGGGAAAACCACAAACGCAACUUAAAGGAACAUGAUCAGAAAAAAAAGAAAAUAAAUAAAAGAUUGUAAUCGGAGUUAGUCAGCCUUUUAAUUUGAUGACUCUGGGGUAUAAUUAUUUAUAAGUAUUUCUUUAACAAUUAAAGGAUUUGAAAUUUCGCAACUUAAUUUUAACUGCUUUUUGUUCUAUUAUAAGGAUAAUGUUCAACGUUUAUGUAGGAGGCAGACUAAAUGAAUAUUUUUCUUUUCAACAACUUGAUAUAAGACAAGGCUUCAAAUUUUGGUAAAACGUAUAUACAGGAUGCUGUUUUUGUAUUUGACAAAUGUUUUAGAGCUGAUAUUGUGUGAGCAUUUUCUUAGUAUUGAUUAACGAAGUCAAUACUGCGUUAAUUGCAUAACAUUGCAUGCCAGUUUUCUUUAAAAAACAAAAACCUUUCAAAAUUAAUCUUGAUAUGGUUUUUAUCUCGAUUUAAAUAGCUUCUCUAUGGUAGACAACACAACAGAGAUAACGAAGAAUUUUGAAGAAUCCAUGACAAAAAAAUUGCUUUGGUCUAUUGUUUUCAUUUUUUUAGCACGAAAAAAAUGCUUCAUGCAUAAAAUGUCACAACCAGUGGGUAGUAAGAUCGUUUAUGGGCGAGAUUUAGACAGUCUGUCGACUGCUAAGCAACAAUUAAUGAUUACAGACAGUUUUAAUAUAUUUUUGUAUAUUUGCUAGCCUAUAAAAGUUCACGUAUGCAAAAUUAUCGAGCCCUGAACCAUUAUAGAACGAUUUACCAUUUGCUAGAAUAAUCACACCAAUUUGCAAAAACUCUUGAAAACGCGUGCCGCAUUAAAGAGGCUUUGCGAUUAGUUCAUUCAUAUAAAAUUGCAAGACUAAGCAAUCUUGCUCAAGAUUCCAACGUUUAUAGAAGUGAUGAAAUAUGAAUAUAUCAUAUAAAUCGAUAACGGGCGAAUUAAUCCUCAGGAGAAAAACUUAUUUUCGAAAAAAACUGAAAAAGAAAGAGGUAUAUCUUGAAAGAAGAAUCAAGGCAAAAUAUGACACUGGAACCCAUGCCACGUACAUCCAAUUGGACCUUACUGCCAACUGUAUUACGAAACCAUUCUUAGAUCUUGGUAAUUUCAUGUAAGUCUGGCCAUAUACUCAAUCUUUUUUUUACUUCUUCAAUCAGAGGCGCUAAUACUCGACGUGAAUCUUACACGACAAGAAGUCACAACAUUUCUCAGACAGCCGGUGAACCUUGGUUGCUAUGCAACUACCACCUCAGCCGGCUCUAUACUGGAGUAUUAUUGGACAAAAGACAACCAAACUGUCACGCAAUCUCCAAAUGUGCAAGCAUUUGAUGGCGUCUUGGUUGUAACACCGGAGAAAGAUUCUGAUUUUGGAACGUACGAGUGUAACGUUACCAACGGAAUGUCCAGUGGUUUGUGCAGGAUCUCGCUGGUACAAGUAACGAGUACACCGGGUAAGCAUAGGGAAUAACUUGAAUUUUGUAUAAAAACAAAAGGGCCUGGAGUGAUUGGGAGGAAGAAACCGAAAAAUAUGGAGCUCUUCUGGGCAACAGCGUAUUCGCUAUGUGAAGGCUCCAUUUAUUGUUUGCGUAUACCUUAAAAACUAGCUACCGACAAGAACUGGAACGCGAAAAGUUGGAAGGGUUUUUGUAAGGAAUACGUAAAGAAAACGAAAGCCAAUCGCGAUUUAGUCAUCCGCGUCUUCCGCGCUUUUAUCAGUUUGCCUAGUUUUACUGUGAAUUCCCACUGGCUAAUUGUGAUUACUUUGGUUUGGUUUUUCAACACCCAAUCAAAAAAUUAUCCGAACAAAAUAUUUUCUUGGCUUUCCAGUACUUGUGUCUAAGAUUGUAGUCUCCUAAUUCUACAGAAACUGGGAUAGUAAGCUCCGACUUUUUGCAUCUUAUCGUAAUCAUUCAUUUACUUACCAGAGCUUUUUCCAAUUAAUUGAAAGGUGACCCCACAACUGGCUGUGUGAACGUUUCAGUCCUAAUGCCCGUUCUAGCAGUUGCAGUCUUUUCACUCUUGCUCUUCAUUCAUCUUGUCAUCCAAGGCGCAAGAAGGCGAUCACGUGAUGAAGUGCUGUCCAAGAAAAGUGAGGAUAGCAGUCUACAUAGUCACGAGCAUGUGCGCAUGCGCGAAGGAAGCUGUGUCAUCGAAGAACCCAUUGAGUUGCACGUCAAUCGGCGAGUCUCACGAACGGAAGAAAAUGAAAGGAUCCAAGAAAGCACUGUGACUCAAUUUUGACCCCGAAAGACUUUCUCUAUUUAGAGCCUGAACUCAAACUUCAUUUUUAAAAGAAAAACGUAGAAACACGACCAUUGGUGUUGAAUCAAUUUUGAUACAAGGUCAAAGAAGAGUUAAACCCGGCCAAGAUGUGAAGUUGUAAAGUUGUGAUAUUGGUCAAGACAACUACAUUCGGCUCUGCAACGAUAACGCUUCCUAUAUGAAUGAACAUGGAAUAACAGGGUAAUUUGGCAUUAUCAACUGAGUUGGUAACGUAAAUUGGUCACCGUAAAGAGAUUCGAGCUGCCGUUUCGAGCGCUAGCCCUUCGUCAGAGCAAAAGGAGGAAUUGUGGAAGGCACACACGAUCCAAAUUACCAAAUUACCCUGUUAUACUCUCUCACCGACGCAGCGACACAGUUUCCUUCAAACUUAGCAUAGCUUGACAGGAGAGGAUGAACGUGAGGCUGAACCCUUAAAUAAACCUUAAAGGGAGAAGUAUACUCUAGGAAAUAUUAUUUUUUUCAUUGCCGCCAUUAAAAAUGAUUUAUGAUUUACUAAAUGCUGCCCUGAAAGGCUCCUAAGAGUAAACGAACCCUUGAUUAUUGUCACAAAUGUUCUAUACAUUCAACUGCUGAGGCACGUACGCCGCCAUUUUAUAAAACAACUCAGAAACCUGGCCACACACGCAUAGGCACAACAAUCUGGUCAAAAACAGCCACCUGCUCCGGUUAAAUCUGGAAUUCCUUUUCAAACAAAGGUUCAUGCAGAUUAACGAGAGAUGGUAAAACGAGGAGCAAGACUUUGCUACGUAACGGACAAGAGGCCAGGCUACUUUGCCAGCGCCCGCGGUUGAAUAGCUUGCACAUUUAAAAGUUUGGCUAAUCUUUCUAAAAUUAACGCGGUCAGCGUCGUAGUUUCAUCCUUUCUAAUAGUUGAGAUGUAGAUAAGAUGGUUUCUACAGCAUACCUAUUAAGUCAUCAUGUUUCUAGAUCUCUUCUGUUUUCGGAGAUCACAAGAAUCCCAGUGCAGCUUAAGAGUUCUCUCCCCCUCCCCUCCCGUAUCUUUUCUGAAGUUACUAUCCUAAGCGAUACAAAUCAAGCGGAAACAAUCUCAAAAAUGAUUAAACUUCCACAUUUUUUUUAAAUUUAAGAUCAUCGUUACUUUAAUAUAAUAUUGCGUCAGU